CUGCCAACACAACAGCCGCAAGCAUCUCGUCAUCAGCACGCCACGCACAAGCACACACCACCAACACCAUCAUCGCCAGCAGCCUCUGCGUUUGCCGUCAUGUCUGGGAUGAUGAACAAGGGCGGGCGGAUUGUGGAGCAGCCACGGGACUUGAUGCGAGCACAGGUGGCCAUGCGGCCCCAUGUGUUGAGUGAACAGUGGCGCCAGAAGAAUCCAAACGCAGCCAGUACAAGCAUGCCGCUCAACGCGUACGUGGCCGAGUGGCAGUGGCACACCGGCACCAUCUCAGCACAAGCAAACGCCGAGCCAGUUCGAGUCACAAAGGGGUUUCAAGACACGGCCACGAACGGAAUCGCUGCGGGUGAAAUUCUGCUUCUUCACGCCAAAGUCAAGGACCGAAACAUGAUGUGCCAAGACGUGUAUGGUCACCGCUUCGUCAUUUCACUCGCGUGCAAGGCCCCAUUCGUAAAGCUUGCGGUGAACCUGGGCAUUGCGCCCAAGGAGUGGAGUAAACAGCUGCCCGUUCUGUCACGCGACCCGCACCCGCGCCCCAUCACGUCCUUUCUCAAGCGCGACGGAACCCUGGACGAACCCAUCGCCGUCGCGCUCGCAUCUGAGGUGACGAACCGCGGUGUGGCAAAGGCAAACUGCAUCGUCUUCCUCAGCGUAAACAACGACGCCAUAGUCGUCUGCUCUUCGCAACGCGAGCCCCAGCACGCUGCCUCGUCGCCCAGCCUGAUUGCACUUCCGCUGGAUGCAGAUGUGCGCGUGUGUGCGGUGCCGCCGUCAGAGGCGCAUCACGAGUACGACGUGAGCUGGGGCACAGACUACGACGUCACCGUGGGCGCCGUCUCUGACUCGGAUCUGCGGAGAAUCGGACAUCGCAUCCACUCCGACGCGCAACUUAGCAUCAACAGCCGCAUCCAAGCCGCCACCAAACGCCGCCCGCGCGCUAGGCAGCAGCAGCAGCAGCAGCAGUCGCCCUCGGGUCCGCGUCGCGCGUCGUCGAGCGAGGACGUGAGCCGCCGCCCCCGCUGGUCCCUGUUCGGCGGUGAUCGCGAUGGCGGUGAUGGUGGUGGUGUUGAUGGCCGCACACGAGGGAAGAAGAAGAACAAGAAGGGCGCGCGCAGUGGCGGCGAUCAGUUCCCGCUGCGCAGCUACCCCUCCGCUGGUCAGUUGCAGUCCGGUGGUCAGGCAGGCCGCGUCAUUGCCCUCCCACCGCCAUCAUCCUCAUCCUCACACCACCACCACCACCACCACCACCAAGCAGCGCCACUCGCGUCGCCAUCGUCAGCGCCAAUGCGAGGCCUUCCACCAUCCAAUACCAACAACCACUGGGGCGACGACGACGAUGACGACGACGAUUAUGUUCGCCCUGUGCCGCUGGCUGGGCGGUACGCGAGUGCUGAUGACCUGCUCACGUCGGAUGGAUACAUGGCACCGCAGCACCUGCCACGAGGGGAGGCGGAGGAGGUGUACUCUGUCGCCAACAUCAACACCAGCGGUGUGGACCCGUUCAAGUACAACAAGACGGCGCACGCACAUGCCAACAGCAGCACCAGCAACAGCACCAGCAACAGCAGGAGUCAACGGGCCGUGCCACCCCCUGCCAGCAGUCGCGUUGGCGGUGGCGAUGUGGCUGCUGCUGUGGGCGGAGUAGCGCCACCGCCACCGCCAGCAUCGCGUGCUGCUGUCCCGCCGACGCUUCCAAAGCGCACACAUCAGCAGCAGCAGCAGCAGCAGCAGCAAGGCGGUGGCGAUGAGGAGGAGUUUGGGUUUGGUGCUGGCACCAUGGACCUGAACAGCCAGUGGCGCUGCCAAUAAUGAUGAUGACGACGACAACGACGACGUGUUGCUGCAGUCGCUCGGCACAAUGCAGCUUGGAGAACGGAUGGAGCGUCCACCGCCACGAAAACCGGAACACAUUUACGGCGUCACUUGCACAGAAAAUGACACAUGCGUGUCUUGUUUGUCGUGUGUGUGUCUGUGUGUGCGUGUGUGCGUGUGUGCGUGUGCGUGUGCUUGGUUGCUCGUUUGUGUCGAUGUCUGUGUCUGUGUCUGUGUGGACGCGCCGGUGUGCGUUUGCGUGUUUGUUGUCUGUGUGCAAUUCCUUGGGGCCAUUCUUAGGAUGUUUUCGAUGUGCUGUGCAUUGCUUUUGCUCGAUUGUGUUAACCCAUACAUUUUGUUGUGCACAAGCAUGCAUGCGUGUGGUCUGGCCACCGAUUUCCUUUGUCAUCAUCAAUAGAUUCUAGCUCUAA